UUCCGCCUGGGAUCGCCCAUUCCCCUCCUCUUCUCCCAGCCCCCUCCAUCCAUUUGGCAGGGGAAGGAACAAAAGGUCCCGGUCCCCCGGAUCUGUCGGGGCCGGACCUGGCGCCUCGGUGCAGGGUAGAUUCACAAGGUGGUUUCAGUGUGGAUUGCUGCUUUGGUUACGAGCAUGUCGUCCAUCUUGCCGUUCACCCCUCCAGUGGUGAAGAGGCUGCUGGGGUGGAAGAAAUCUGCUGGUGGCUCUGGGGGAGCAGGUGGAGGAGAGCAGAAUGGACAGGAAGAGAAGUGGUGUGAGAAAGCAGUGAAAAGUCUGGUGAAGAAGCUAAAGAAAACAGGACGAUUAGAUGAGCUUGAGAAAGCCAUCACCACUCAAAAUUGUAAUACUAAAUGUGUUACCAUACCAAGCACUUGCUCUGAAAUUUGGGGACUGAGUACACCAAAUACGAUAGAUCAGUGGGAUACAACAGGCCUUUACAGCUUCUCUGAACAAACCAGAUCUCUUGAUGGUCGGCUUCAGGUUUCCCAUCGAAAAGGGUUGCCACAUGUUAUAUACUGCCGAUUAUGGCGCUGGCCUGAUCUUCACAGUCAUCAUGAACUCAAGGCAGUUGAAAACUGCGAAUAUGCUUUUAAUCUGAAAAAGGAUGAAGUUUGUGUAAAUCCUUAUCAUUACCAGAGAGUUGAGACACCAGUUUUGCCUCCGGUGUUAGUGCCCCGGCAUACUGAGAUUCUAACAGAACUACCACCUCUGGAUGAUUACACCCACUCCAUUCCAGAAAACACUAAUUUCCCAGCGGGAAUUGAGCCACAGAGUAAUUACAUCCCAGAAACACCACCACCUGGAUAUAUUAGUGAAGAUGGAGAAACAAGUGAUCAGCAGUUGAACCAAAGUAUGGAUACAGGCUCUCCAGCUGAACUGUCUCCUACUACCCUAUCUCCUGUUAAUCAUAGCCUUGAUUUGCAGCCAGUUACCUAUUCAGAACCUGCAUUUUGGUGUUCAAUAGCCUAUUAUGAAUUAAACCAGAGGGUUGGAGAGACUUUCCAUGCAUCACAGCCCUCACUCACUGUAGAUGGCUUUACAGAUCCAUCAAAUUCAGAGAGGUUCUGCUUAGGUUUACUUUCCAACGUUAAUCGAAAUGCUACAGUAGAAAUGACAAGAAGACAUAUAGGAAGAGGAGUGCGCUUAUAUUACAUAGGUGGGGAAGUUUUUGCUGAGUGCCUAAGUGAUAGUGCAAUCUUUGUGCAAAGCCCCAAUUGCAAUCAGAGAUACGGCUGGCACCCUGCAACAGUGUGUAAAAUUCCACCAGGUUGUAACCUGAAGAUCUUUAAUAACCAGGAAUUUGCUGCUCUUCUGGCUCAGUCUGUUAAUCAGGGUUUUGAAGCUGUAUAUCAGUUAACUAGAAUGUGCACCAUAAGAAUGAGUUUUGUAAAAGGUUGGGGAGCAGAAUACAGAAGACAGACAGUAACAAGUACUCCUUGCUGGAUUGAACUUCAUCUGAAUGGACCUCUACAGUGGUUGGACAAAGUAUUAACUCAGAUGGGAUCCCCUUCAGUGCGUUGCUCGAGCAUGUCGUAAAGCUUCAUCAUCAAUCAAGUUCCAUCAAAAGACUUAAUGUAACAACUCUUCUGUCAUAGUAUUUGUUGUUUGGUCCCCAUGGACUCUUUGCUAUCCAAAAAAUCCAGAGAGAAAACAGCACUUGAGGUCUCAUCAAUUAAAGCACCUUGUGGAAUCCUUUCCUAUGUUUGAAUAUUAGAUGGGAAAAUUAGUGUCUAGAAAUGCCCUCCCAAAAAGGGGAAAAAGAAGAUUUAAAGACUAAGGAUAUCUUGUUGGGCCUAAGACUGAGUGUCCCAAAGGUUUAUAAUACAGUAGUAGUUAUGUGUACAGGUAAUGGAUCAUGACCCAGUAUCGCAGUAUUGUGCUGUUUAUAUACAUUUUUUUAGUUUGCUUAAAUGAGGGGUGUGUGUGUUUGUAUGUGUGUGUGUAUGUGUGUGUGUAUGUGUGUGUAUGCGUGUGCUGCUUCUUGACCUUAGGCAAGCCUUUAUAAAGUUACAGUACCUACUCUGUUAUUCUCACUUAUCCGUUAUUUUUGUGUCUUUUUUAAUAUAUAAUAUAUAUAUCAAGAUUUUCAAAUUAUCAUUUAGAAGCAGAUUUUCCUUGUAGAAAAACUAAUUUUUCUGCCUUUUACCAAAAAAUAAACUCUUGGGGGGAAGAAAAGUGGAUUAACUUUUGAAAUCCUUGACCUUAAUGUGUUCAGUAGGGCUUAACAUUCGUUCUUUCUGUGUUUGUUUAUUUACUGGCAAAUCUUACUGUAGAGAUACCUUGCUGACAACUUUUCCCAAGCCUCUUUUCUUCAUCCCACUUUUGUUCUGAUACCAAAACAGUGCAGCGUGACAUCAUCAUCAGUAAUAGUUGCGCUAAUAGCCCCUGGCACCAGUUAACUCUGGGACCAGUAAAAGUUCGUAUGGACUAAGUCUCCUUGACUUGCAACCAGAUAAUAACUGACUUGUAUAGCCUAUCAGUCUACUGACUUAACCUUCCACUUCAUAAAAAAUACACAAGUGACAGUGUAAUUGUUUUCAGGGAUAUGCUAGAAUUACUUCAGUAUAUUUAUCCUUUUUAAAAAGCCAAUCUAGUAAUAAAGUACCCUUUUUUAAAAGGUAUUUAAAAAUAUUUCAGUAGUAGACCUGCUCUCUGAUUUGAGGAGCUUCAUUUGACUCAGUUACCAGAUUGUAUUAUGAAAUGGACCUUUUAUAAUGUAAUUCCAUAAAAAUCCCUAGAAAAGUUAUGCUGAGGUAUGAUCAGCAGAUAAGGGCCAUCUGUUUUUAAAGUAUGUUGUAUUCAGUUUAUAAAUAGGAUGCUGUUUUGCAUAAUUAAGAAUUUAGAAUUUUAAAAAGUGGGAGAAAAGCAAGUAAGUUUUUUUUAGCAUUUACUUCCCUGCAGUCUGACCUGUUCCUAACUCUUCCUAGGUAUGAGGUUGGCUUCAUGCACUGCAGUGAGAAGAUUCCAGCAGCUCUGUUGAUAGACCAUUGUUGCAAAUAAUUAUGUCUAAUGUUGACUCAUGACAGUGUAAACAUUUCUUCUUGUUUACAUCUCAGUAGAAUAACCACUCCUGAUCUCGUUUUCGUGAAUUUUCAUACUUUUGGAGAUAGAUACUUUUGGUACUUGUUCUUUGAAACCAUAUUUACCUGUAUGUACAGGUUUCAUUUUUGAUACUUUUUUUUCAGCAUUUGGUUGUUUCCUAUUGUAUACUUUUCCAUUUUCAUAUAUUUGUGUGUAUAUGUAUGUGUUCAUGUGAAUUUGGUAUAGUAAUUUUUUAUUCAUUCAAUGAAUAUUUAUUGUUCACCUGUUUUGUGCUAGGAACUUUCUUAGCCUUUAGAAGAAGGUGAACAAGACAGCUCAGCUCCUGCCUUUGCCAAGACAACAUUGAUCAAACCUGUAAUCGUCUUAUGUGUCUAUGAAGGAGAUAAACAGGGUUCUGUCUAGAGACUAGCAGCUAACAUGAUGCUUCAGGUAGGACAUUGAGAAGGCCUCUGAGGAAGUGAUGCUUGAGCUAACAUCUGGUCUAGAAGGAGCAAGCCAUGUGAAGAGCCAAGGGAGAUUAGCACUCCUGGUGAAGGGGACAGCAUCAAACACAAAGGCUCAUGCUAAAAGUAAUUCACUAUUAAGUGGUCAUGCUUUAUACAGAAACCUCUACACAAAACCAAACUUGAAGAUCAGAAUAGUGCUACAGUUUAUUAUGUUGAAGGUGGCCUUAUUUUGUGAUACGCUGUUUCAUGUCAUUCUUAUUAAUAAAUUCUCUGCCUGAAACCUUUGCUAGAAAAAUUUCCUAUUUGCACCAGGCCAAUACCACUUAAUUAAAAAACCCUUUCUUGCGCAAAUUUUCACCAACUUGUGACCUGCUGCUUACUUCCAGACUUCUUGUUUCUCACUGAUUGUUACUUCCACUGACAGUGUGUAAGUUAUUUCCCAGGUAUUACCACCUUCAAGCCUGCUGGCCGUCUCAGUGGAGGAUCUGUCCUUCAUUGGAAGUUUUGAUGUACUUGAGAACUUGUACUGAUAUUGAAAACACCGUUGUAUUGAGCAGUUGAUUUCAUCGUAGUGGUGAUUAUGUUUGUGUGAAUAUGUUUAAUGAUCAUAUUUGCUCUUUUAAUGAGAUACUGGUUUUUGUAUUAUAUUUUUUCUACUGUGGCUGAAUUUUUUUUUUUCCCCUUUCAUUUUCUAGGAAUAGUUUUUAUUCCCAAUGAUAGUGUCUCCUCUCUGUUGAUUUUUGUCUUGAUUGAAGUUAGCAACAUGAUUUGGGAUUUACCCUUCAUAGCCCUGUGAUGUCCUUCAUGUAGUACCUCAGAACUGAAUGGCCAUGCUGGUGUACCAUUUCUAAGGUGAUUUAGGAGGUGUCUUCCCGAUGGCUCCACAGAGGCACUAUGGAGCUGGCCUAGUAGGACUUGGUAGCUGGUGGAGUGGAGUUCCACAUAAUAUUUCUUCUGAAAAAAGUUUUAUUGCCUUUUAAAAAUAUGUUUUGUAAAUUCUUUAGAAUUAGAGUAGAAACAUCUAACAGGAUUUAGUGCCAGUCUUUUGUGCUAAUUUCACCAUAUUAAAAUUUUCUUGAUAAGAUCUGAUUCACACAUUAUAUACUGGUAUACAUUCACUCAACCAGUGGACACAAUGAUGCCUGUUGUCUAGUAUGGCCCUCAAGCAUAUCUUAGUCCUGUGAGCAUAUACUCUGCCCUCAGGACAUGUUGCCCAAUUUUUCUGGAAAGCUAAAUCUUCUCAUUCUACCCUAGUACUUUGUAUUCUGAGUAUAUUUGCAGCUUAUUUAAUAUCUAGUUGUAUUUUUUACUUUAACCAUAUGCAGUUUGUUUCAUUCAUCUGCCUUAUAAACAUUGUCAGAUUUUUCCUUUUGUUAAAAUUAUUUUAAUUUACUUGAUUUGUGCCUUUGUUGGUUUCAUCAAGACUAAGACUUUGAAGAUGCAGAAAAUCAGUCUAGUCUCUUGCUAGUUGAAACAAAUAAAAGAAAGUAUAUGCCCAGUUGGUUUCUCUACCUCUUCUAAAAGCUGCCCAUAUAUACCCUUAAAAAUCUAUCCUUUUUAAAUUUACAAAAUACUUGCAGCAAUUAUUCUUUAUUAGGGCCUCUCUUAGUUUGGAUUGGGAUGUUGAUAGUGGGAUUUAAAGCAACACAAGACGAUCUUCACUGUACUGAAAAAUCUGUAUUUAUAUAUGGUCUUUGCUUUAAAAACAGAACAUUCUUAUUUCCCCAUUUGCCCCUACACCAUGCCAUCUUCACAAGUAUCUAUCUCUAUCUGGACAUGAGCAACCAGGGAUCUUUUUUAUUACUCUGAUCUAAGGCAUUGAUGUUUAGAUGCCCAUUGUCUUUCAUGCUUUACUUAGAUGAAUCUUUUUUUAUAUUCCUCAACAGAAUUUUUUGCUCCUUCCCUUCUGACAACAUGUAUCCAAGUGGUACUUGCUGAUUACACUUUCCCCUGCCAGCCAUAUUUUGUGUGUGUACAUCAAAAUGUUUUUUUUUUUUUUUUCCCUCAGAACUUGACUGUUUAAAGGAAGAUUUUUUUUUUAAUUUUUUUUUAUUUUUUUUAUGCCAAGUCCUCAUUUCUUUACCAGGAAGGUCAAUACUCAGAUUUCACUUACCCCUUAAAAAUAGCUCAAAAUUCUACCUGGUUAACUGUCUUUGUGACUAGCAAGUAGCAAACUAGCAGACUUUUAGUUACCUUUAUAAUGGACUUUGCUGAUAUUUAAAGCCAGUGUUAGCCCUAUCCCACCCUGGGGCUUACUUAAUUUUUGUAUUUAGUACAAACAUCAUGGUAAUGAAUAUGGUCUCCAACCAGUCAGAAUCCUACUAUUGAGUUCCUUUUCUACCCUUGCAAGUUUUUGUGAGUAUUUUGUUCUUUCAGGCAAUCUCUCUUGGAGUGGAAUUCCUGUGUUUUACACCUCACAGCUAGGAAAUUGAACUAUAUUAGAUAAUCUCAUUGAUAGCCUUUAUGAUAAGAACUGAGCUCAUACAUGUGUUUAUGUAGGAACUGUUUUUAACUUGGAUAUUACAGCUAACUUUAUAUGUAAUAGAAUUCACAUUUUUUAGCAGGACAAAAAACUGUAUAUGAGUUUAUAAAUACAUAUACAUGCAGAAAAAUGGACAGAAGGGUCAUUGUAACAGUCAUGAAUGAUUCUGUUGUUUAAAUCUCAGAUCUUCCUAAUUUGCUUUCAGAUAUUUUCCUUUCAUCACAACCAUCAGUGUAAUUUUUUCUUUUAAUUCUGCCAGUUUUAAUUUGGCCAUUCAGUAAGUUGGCCAUUUUUAGGCAGCUUGACAAGAAUCCUAAGUUGAUUUAUCCACAACAGAUAAAGCUCUUCUGUCUACUCCUUCUCCAAAUUACUAAACAUUUAAUGGUUUCUGAAUGUAUUAACUUAGGGUUGAUUAUUGUUAGAUUACUCCUCACUUUAGUUCCCCUCUUUUCUUCCUAAGGUUGCUUAAGAUACUUGGGAAGUACCACCAGAAGCUAAUGAUAGCCUGAAAGAAGGUGGUUUCCAGCUUGACUUUAGCUAUGCCCAACAGCAUUGAGUUUCCCAAGGUUCCUUUGGUCCUCCCUGACUCACAGGGGACUUAACUAGAGUAUUUUAAACUAAGGUGAUGUCAGUAUUAAUUGGUUUGCUGCCACAGGAGGCCCAGAGUAGAAUAAAAGUUUCACUACUGCUUGAUACACAUUAUCUUUUGAGAUACAGUGUCUUACAAUACAUGUGAGAGGGUUUGUAAUUUCACCUAGAGGAAUUUGAGGUAUUUAUUUUUUAAUUUCAUUCUGCCUUCCUAAUUUUUUUUUAAAUCUCUUGCCCAAAAUUUCCAGUUUGCUCUUUUUGAAUGGAUGGUCUUUCUAAUUAAAGACAUUUAUUGAAAAAUAAAAUCCAUAAUGUGUUCACUUAAGGAUAAAGUGAACAUUUAGAAUUAUAAUAGCUAAAUCAGAUAUAUUUUUCCAUUUCAUAAUCAACUCUUCUUCCUUUUCCCUGUGGCUUAAAUUUUUUGGCUAUUUUACAGUGUUAGUCACUAGGUAACUUGCCAUAUUUCUAGUUCUAUAUUAAGUUCUGCCCUUUACAAUGCUGUAGCAUAAAGUUGGUUCUUAACAUUUGUCUGUGGAAAUAGAAGCUUACUAAAGUCUCUUUUUUCCACUGAAAAUUUCCUUUCCUCAGUAAGUCCAUAAGAAAAUAGAUAUGCCACUGUUAUUAGUCACAUUCUCAGAUUGUUCAAGCUGAAAAGAAUUGUGCAGAGAAAGGAGAGGGAACAUUGCUGGUGAAUAUACGUCUUUACCUUAGGAAGAUAGUCAUUGUUGGUUUGUGUAACUGAUAUAAACAGGUUAAAUCAGGAAAAAAAUAAUUACCACAUUAUAGCGAUUAGAUGGUGUGCAUGAAUAUUUAAUUAAAAAGCAUUUCUUAGCAAAAUGCAGAACUCAGAUUGGGUAUUUCUUAGAGACCAGCUUUACCUCAGGCUUCAGUUUUGCUUUUCUGACCCUGACUUUUGAAGCAUAAAUAUUUGUGACUUCUUAUUAGUGAUAGUGAUGGUGUGACACUAAACAUUUUAUACAAGGGGAUAAAACAAGAAAAUUCGUAGAGAUUAAGAUGAAAGUAGUUCUUCAGUUGUUGAACUAGAUCAUAACAUUGUAGGCAAAAUAAAAAUGUGCAUAUCAGAGUAUUUUUGCCAUUCUCCCCCAAGGUCAGCCCUUCUGGUAGAAUACAGUGGAAAGUACCAUGAUUUGGGCUAUUUGUAAAUAUCUCCAGUUGGCCAUCUUUUUAACUAUAUAAAGCAAAGAUGUCGGCAGUAGCUGGUGGGUUGUUUUGUUGUGUGUUUUUUUUUAACCUUAAAAAGGAGUAUAGAAAGACAUACAAAACUUGAUUAUUUGUCUAGCUCUUAAAAAUCUCAAAGGUAUAGAGUGAAGUACUAUGUGACUAGACAAAGCCAGGUGGACUUUUGGAAGAUUAUCUGCAAACAGGUUUCAGUAGUGGACUUUGUUGUUACUACCCACUAAAUUUGCUUGGUUACUCACAAUUUUUUUUUUUUUUUAAAGCUAACACCUUUAAGGUGUUUCUGGACUUCUAGCCUUUUAGCAAGUUUGGAGGAACUAGCCGUCAGUUAGUGGGCUAAAAGAAUUUGGGGGCUGAUAUCCUUAAAAACGGCCUUAUGCUCUUGGACAUUUCUUUCGAUUAUGAGGGAGGGUUGAGUGGUGUUCUUAGGAUAGCCAACUAUUCUGGCAUGCUGGGGACUAAGGAAUUUCCUUUGGGGCCAGAGCCAGGGAAGCCCUAGGCCCCCUCCCCCCCAUUAAGAAUUGUCCCCCUUUGGUGUCCUCAUGAUUUACUCUCCCUGGUGUUGUCAUAGUUGUUGGCUAUGCUUGCUGCUCCAUGGCUGUCAAUAUGUUAGAUGCUGAGAUAGCUUUUCUCUUACUACUAUGGAUAGGACUUGAGAUUGUAACAGGCAGUGAGCCAAAACACCUACAUUGUAAUGAGACUUCGCACUUAGCAACCUAGGAAAUGGCACUGCAUUUUUAAUGAGAAAAGACAACUAGAUAGCUAGGCUCUUCACAAUCUGUAAGUGUAUCAGGUGUGAAACUUCACAAUAAACAAAAACAGUGUGGUUGUGGAUUUCUCUCAUAAGAGAAACAUAGCUUUUGAGGUCCUGACCUCUAUAAAUACCCCGUUCUGUCCUGCUCAAAAGGACAGAAUACAGUAUUAUAUUUCUUUUUGGUGACUGUUGUAUUGAAAUGAUCCCAUGCACCAGCCAAUCACAGGUGAAAGAUUGUGUGUCCUGACACAGGCUGCACUGUUUGCUCUCAAGUCUUACGUCCUCCCAUCCUGAAGGUGCUUACUAGCUAGAACACCAAGCUCAGGAGCCAAGGGUUUCCUAAGAAGGCAUCGAUGUUGUGAUGCAACAUGGUGGAUGCAGACUGUUCUUGUUCCCCACUGGUAGUCUUCAGGGGCUGCAUCCUCUGCACUGUGAUGAUGUGUUCUUUGUAAGCCUUCUUCCUAUAACAGAAGAAUGAUGUGGUUCCUUUUUUGUCAUUAAACAAUGAGCUGAGGCUUUAUUACAGCUGGUUUUCAAGUUAAACUUGUGAAAUACUGAUUUCCUUCCCCUGCCCACACCAAAUAUUUUAGUCUAUUUAAAGUAUUAAAAAAAUAGUUCUACUUAAGAAAACAUUGCGUAAAUGUCCUGUGAUUUCUGGUCAAUUUUAUAUAUAUAUUUGUGUGCAUCUGUAUGUGCUUUCAUUUUUUACCUUGUUUGCUCUCUACCUGUGUUAACAGUAUUGUCGCCAUUGAAAGGUGAACAAUUUUCCUAGCAUUAAAAAAAAGCCAUUUGAGUUGUUUACCAUGUUA